AUGGAUGGGAAACAAUAUUCCUCACGUUUGAAUGCUAUUGGCACUAAUGUAGAGCGAACGAGACAGUAUGCAGACAGGCUAAAGGACAAUCCGUUUAUCUUCAGGGAUUCUUCUGUUGACCCUGUGAAUACUGGGACAACGGAUAAAGUUAACCGGUUUAUCUCACCAAGAUACAUGGCAAUGGAGAAACAGUCACUGGUCACGUCAGAGCAGAUGACACCAAGCGAAUUUGAAAUGCAAUAUAUGGAGCAAAGUGAACGGAUGGAAAAGAAACUGCAACAGUCUAUGAUGCUUUUAAACCACAAGCAGCAGAUGCAACAAAAGAUUUUGCUAAUGCAGCAGCAACAAAUACAGCAGCAACGGCAGGUUCAGCUCCAACACCAAAAUCAACAACUGCAGCAGCCGCAGUUGAUAGUUCAGCAGCGGAUGUUGCGACAACGGUCACCAGAAAAACAAAGGCAAGACUCGAACGUUGACAGUCAGGUAGGACACCAGAAACUAGAACACAAUCACACUGAAGACCUGCAGAAAACGCAGUGCCCGGAAUUCUCUGACAGUAGUAUCUCUGUGCAAGAUCUGUUCGCUCAAUGCCAGAGUCACCUGGAUGUUAUCAAUGCCUGCACAGACUUGCAGCAGACGAUCAAAGAUGAAAUGAAAAAACAGGCCAAGCUGGACAACAUCAUCUGCCAGAAGCUGGUGUCCAAGGCACAACGUUUGCAGCAACAGGCCACUUUCCUGGAGAAGGCUCAUGCACCCGGCUGGGUGGGGCCGGCUCUCCUGGAUCUGGGGUCGCAAGUCACUCAGCAAGCAGAGGUCCACCACAUCUAUACAGCAACUCUGAUCGAGCAAUGCGUCGUCAUCCAGCAUUCCCUUGACGGGCACCAUGAACUAAUGAAGUCGGUUCUGGCUGAACACAGCGAGUCCAAACAGAAGUCCGUAUCGCAAGCAGAGAGGGGAAAUAAAGGCAUCACUUCUGUGGCUGACAAAAGGAGUCCGCUGAAAGCUGGCGAUGAAACUCGCAGCAUGACCUUUCUUCAGGCUAGCAACAUUUUUGAAGACAUUCGGAAGCCCCGUAUGAAGCUGCUGAGUUGCCUGGAGUACCGGCAAGACCAACUGAAUGCCACUGUGAUGCAUCUGGACCAGGUAAACGCCGAGAUAGAAGCCAUAUCAAAUAAAGAAGACAGUGAAGGUUUGAUGUGGAGGAGACAGCUUCAAAAAAAGGACUUGGAAAUUAGAAAAGAAUUCCUUGAGGCCCGCAAGGAACAACUGGAAUCAGAUGUUCAGUUCGCUAAAAUGGAUUUGACUGACUUUGAAUUAAACAACAAAGACAGCUUGAUGGAAGUGUUAAAUGUGUUCUGCCAGCACAGAAUCAGGUAUGAUACAACACUAAGGCACAGUUUUCAACUGCUGCAAGCUGCAACAAUGAGAGACAUCAACUACCUCCGAAGGUUGACAAAAAAGAGCGAUCUGGAUUCGAGCACAGAAUUUGAGUCCGGUGACAUCUACGAGGGCUUGAAUUCCACAUUAAAUGACCCUUGGGAGUGCGCCAGCAAAUUUGCAGCGAAAAUGAUUUCAGUUACCAUACCCAGCGACAAUGAUCGCAAUUCUACGACGUUUGUCAAAUCAACAUCCCCUCAGAUAAGCACAAAGAGAAGCCCCCAUUUGCCAAGAAAUCCACAAGAACAGAUCGAUACUAAAAUACCCACCAUUGAGCAGACGUAUCCGAUUGUCCUGUCGUCUGAUUCGGAAAUGAGUGAUGUACAGAAAAGUAGCAUGUAUUCUCCAGAGUUGAAACCGGUCAAAAUGCCUACAGUCAAUUCCUACAAUGUUGGCCAGUUUCAGAAUAUGUCCGACUUUAACUUCAGCCGAGCAGAGUCGUCGCCAUCUUUAACGGAAAUAAAUGAUGGGGUAGCAGCGCUGACUGACGCGUCUGACAUGACCAAGUCAUCUAACUGGCAUACUGUCAAUGAAAAGUUGAACAGUUUCAUGGAAAAUAGGCUACACUCGACAAAUGAUGACGGUAAAUUGAUAAUUUCCAGGUACGUUGAUGAUAUUAACGUUAGUGAGAAAAAGCCUUUGAAGAGCAAUUUUCAUUGUGGAACUGAGGAUAUGUUGGUUGUCACUCGCGGCCCAAAGCCUAGGCAUACGUUAGGCAAUUUUGAAAACAGCCUUGAAAGUGAAUGCAGUGUCCAUUGUCUGUAUCCGAUGACCAGUGUGAGAGAGUCCACGCGCAACAGGGAAGAGAAGAGAGUAACGCACCUCAUAAAUAAAUAUGCGUCGGGGGGCCGCGGUAGUCGAUCCUCUCUGGGAAAGAACUGGAACAGCUGCAAGCCAAUGUUGUGGUGUGGCAUCAGCAAGAGUUUGGUCAGAGAUAAGGAUUCGCGCCGGAAAAUGAACAGAAGUCUGAAAUAUUGUAAGCUGCUGACACAGCACAACAUUCUAACAGAGUAUAACGAGAAUAAACACAGGAGUUUCGUGGAACCCACGAUGAGGCAUUUGGAGGGGAAGAACACAAAUAAUUCGGAGAUUCUACACGGUCAAGGUGACCAAGAGAGGACUGUAUGCAGUAAACCGUCGCCAAAACAAAAGGUCACUGUCAAAUCAGAGCGUGACUGUAACGGCUCUAUGGUAGAUGGUUGCAACAGUCAUACCUCCAGCGGAUGUCAUUCAGAAUAUCAAAGACAAGAUCAACUGUGUUGUUGUGAAUUGGCAGCAGAUGUGUUUACAGGGAAGGAUGAAAAACUGGUAGGUAGUGUUGGGGAAGAUUUCAAAGAUGAUACAACAAACAACCAGUCUUUGUGUCUGGUUAAGAACAAUGGUGAACUGUUGACAGGGCAAGAGAGUAGGAAUCUGAACAAUUGUGAACCUUUAAAAUGCCAGGUUGUAAAUGCUGAGGUUCUACCGGAACGAGAAGACCAAAUGGAUUUUGGUGCUGUUCAGGCUGUAUGUCCGGAUUCACAACCUCGACAAGUUAGAGUAUGUGCUGUGAGACCAAUCCCGUCAGAAGUGGACAGGGGAGGUUCUGGCCAAACUGUAGCUAAGGACAUAACAGGUGGUGGUUCUGAGGGCACACAACCGAGAAGAGGGUUAUCUUGUAAAUACGACAAACUUAAAGUGUAUGAAAUAACGGCAGGCCAGUUCACGGUCUCUGAAUUAGGGACAUAUACCAAAUCCAGAAGUACUUUAAAAGGUAAUAUGGUGGAUUGUAGCAACAACAAACAUCCAGAUUUUACUCACUUUAAUAGCCACGAUUUCUCAAACCUAGACUGCUUAAACAAAUCAAAUUUAGCGUCACGCAAGAAUCCUGUCUGCGAGUCUAGGCCACAAGAUGAUGUAAACACAAAAACAGGCAGAAAAUCUUCCCUCCCAAACUAUGAAUGGUUUUCCACAGCCAAAUCUUCUAAAGGGUCUUGUAACAAUGUAAAUAGUGACUCAACCGCAUGUCAUGGGGCGUUUUGCACAGAACAAGUCUCUUGUGUUAAAGAUGCAAGAACAGCAACCAACAGAGCUGAAGCAGAAGUCGGCGCCACGUCAUCGGGGUCAGAUCAGAGUACACAGGGCACUAAAGAGAUGCAAGAGAUGUCAUCUAAUGAGUUCGGGAACCUAGAAAACCUGGAAAAGAAGCCUGUACGGAUGAAUGAUCCUCCGAAGAAAGACAAAUGUGAUGACAAGUUUGAUGAAGAAGAAACGCUAUCAAAAACGUUGUAUCAUCCAGAAGAGAAAGAAAGCAAUGUAAAACUGUGUGGUGGCGACGAAACCCACUGUAAACCGAAAGAUACAAGCUCAAUAAUCGAUAAGAACAUAUUUCGGGAAUGUAGCUAUGAUAAAUUAGUGGAAAGUGGAGAAGUUACAAAUACAAACAGGCAACCCCCACGGAAUAUACCCGAGCAAAUGGCAACCAUUCAGACCACUAGAUCAAUUUCCAGUCAGAGAUUGGAAGCCUCCAAGGAUAGCGACGAGAUCAAAUAUAAAGGAAUUGAAAUGUUAUUAGAAAAGAAAUGGUCCUGUGCAUAUGAAAUUCACACUGAAAGUAAAGGCGAAAUGAAAACAACUGAAACGAGUGAAUCUUCUACCAACCAAACAUUUUCCAAAAGUAAGACUGGGAUGUCCAAUUUUACAUCGAAGCGAGAAAAUAGCCAGACAAAUGUAUCUGAAGAACCUACUAAAGACGAAAUCCAUUCACUCAGACAAUACAACCAAGAUUACUCCAGAAAACUGCAAAAUAAGGAAUCCCUAAAGGAAACAAAAGAAUGUAGAGAUAACACGCAACAAGAAAAGCAGAACCGUCCAUUAAAAAGUAGUUUAAAAAAGCACUGCUCUAGUUAUUCAGUACGUCUAGAAAUCAGCAGUGAAACUAAAGAAGACUGUAAAUAUUUCCCUCUGUGUGGAGUACCGUCACUCGGUGGUACAAACCCUACUCAAGUACCCCAUCAGGCGGAUAUCGACAAGAUAUACAAGUGUGUUAAACAGGUCCGCUUUGACCCUAGAGUCCACUAUGACGACAACACAGUCAUGGAAACACUGGACGCUACAACAACCUCCCAGGAAAGCGCUCCAGAGAUGCCAUGUUCAGCAAACACCAACACAAACUGUACGGACUGCAGUGAGAACAUCCGCGUGGUCAACUAUUGA